AUGAUCGAGUCCGGAGCUCUUGGGACGGAAGAUCCUGGAGAGCGCCAGAAACGCGGGCUCAAGACGAAUCCAGAUGGAGAUGUGGACGUGCCGGGAGUGGAUUAUAACACAUUUCGCUACCCUCCUUGCCCAAAGUGCCUGGCCGACAAAGACCGGAAAGUCGAUGUGGACACCGAUGGAGCAUGGUCGCAAGGCUCUGAAGCUGGGAUUUUGAAGCCCGCUGUCAUCAUGUUUGGAGAGUCGAUUCCGGCCCAAGUCAAACUAGCCGUUGAGUCGGCCAUAGAUGAGGCGAGCAGCUUGAUGGUGCUGGGAUCCAGCCUCGCCACGUACUCGGCUUGGCGGCUGGUAAAGAGGGCGAAGGAUCAGGGCAAGAGAAUUGCCGUGAUCAACAUGGGAGGCGUACGGGGUGAGGAAGCCUUCUUUGCGGGAGUUCCGAGGAGAACAGAUGGGUCGGAUGGUGUCAGGUGUAAUCUACCGUUAGAACAGAGUUUGCCGGCCCUUGUGGAGCGACUUGAACAAGAACGAGACGGGGGAAAAGUGUUUAGACCUGCGCCUUGGGCGUAG